UAUUUUUUGGUUGUUUUAUUCUUGUUUUCAAUGUUUAUUUGACUAUACUGUUAUGCUGUGACACAUGGCGUGUGUCCUAUUUUCUGAAUGGGAAACCAAUGAACACUUCAACUAUUACGCUGGGAUAUUUUCCCCUCUCUGUUAGUCGUCUUCCCCUUGAAGCUUUCAACAGUGGUUACAAGACGUAAUGCAACGUCUUUGGUUAACCUUCACUCCUGGUCAGACGAGGACAACAAAGUGAGAGGCGGACGGGGUCUGGAUAAGUGCCUGUAUCUACCGUUAUAACAAACACAAUUACUUUCCUCAAUUACGGCUCUACUUUUGGGUCUGCUCUGCCUAAUGCACAUUUUCCAUUUCUAUGAUUAACAACGAUCAUUGUGGUAGAAAAUGUCAACGCUGCACUUCGGUUAUGAAGGAGCUCGACAAAGUAGAAACAGUAUUUUAUUUGGCAUGUACUUCUCCACAUCAAACACACAACCCACUGCACACAAACACACAAUGCCACACAAGACACAGUGCCACACACACAAAACAUACCACACAUAUCAAACACAACACUACACACUAAAAACACAAUACCACAAUGCCACACACAAACCAAAACAGCCUCACAAUACCACAAACCUUGAACACACAAUGCUACACACAAACACUGCUACACACACACACUCUUUAAUGACUAUUUGUUUUGUGUUUGUUUUUUCCUACUUUAAUUUAAGGUCUUAAAUGGGAAAGAGAUUAAUACUGUAUUUUAGUUAUUCAAUUUAAUUGGUUUUACUUUGACUCUCAGAGGGAUAGAUGAGGGAGGUCAAUUUUAAAAUAAAAUGCAUGAAGCUUCGGCAAAACCCGGCCAUAUCGAAUUGAUAUAGCAUCAGAUAGAACGCAUAAGCUAUGCCUCCACCCGCCUCUUCAUAUACCAGGGGGCAGCAAUGCAGCACCCAGUUGGAUGUAGCCAUACCAAAUCAACGAAGAGUGGCCGAAGAAGAAAUAGCGGAAGUGCUCAUUUGUUGUCAUCAUGGCGCCUCCUGUGUAAUUCUUGGUGUAAACUAUCUGCUGAAUUUAACUAUACCGUUUAAACGAUUUUUUACAAAGGUUGAAUUCACUGAUUCUGCGACUCCCAGAGAACACAAUGAGCACCCAGUACAGCAUCCUGUUCAAGCAAGAACAUGCGCAUGACGAUGCAAUCUGGACGGCGGCAUGGGGCCGUAGCGAGGCAGACAGCACAGAUACCAUCGUGACCGGCUCUCUGGACGACAUGGUGAAGGUGUGGAAGUGGUCGGACGAGAAGCUGGAGCUCCAGUGGAACCUGGAGGGCCACCAGCUGGGCGUGGUCUCGGUGGACAUCAGCCACGACGGGGCCAUCGCCGCCUCAAGCUCCCUCGACGCCCACAUCCGCCUCUGGGAUCUGGACUCUGGCAAGCAGAUCAAGUCCAUGGACGCAGGCCCCGUCGACGCCUGGUCUGUGGCCUUCUCCCCGGACUCUAAACACAUUGCCACGGGCAGCCACCAUGGCAAGGUUAACAUCUUCGGCGUGGAGAGCGGCAAAAAAGAGUACUCGCUGGACACCAGGGGAAAGUUUAUCCUCAGCAUCGCUUACAGCCCAGAUGGAAAAUACCUGGCCAGUGGAGCCAUAGAUGGAAUCAUCAACAUCUUCGACAUCGCUACUGGCAAACUACUCCAUACGCUGGAAGGUCAUGCCAUGCCCAUCAGAUCUCUCACCUUCUCCCCGGACUCCCAGCUGCUCGUCACCGCCUCCGAUGACGGAUACAUCAAGAUCUACGACGUACAACACGCCAACCUGGCAGGCACUCUCAGUGGCCACGCCUCCUGGGUCCUCAGCGUGGCCUUCUCCCCUGACCACGCCCACUUUGUCUCCAGCUCGUCGGAUAAGAGUGUGAAGGUUUGGGACACAAACUCGAGAGUGUGUGUCAACACUUUCUUCGACCAUCAAGACCAGGUUUGGAGCGUCAAGUACAACAACACAGGCUCUAAGAUCAUCUCAGCAGGAGACGACCGCGCCAUCCACAUCUACGACUGCCCCAUGUGAACGGAGAGGGACCCAUAGAAAAGCAAAACGCAUGGCUUAUUUGGUAAAUCGUAACAAACUGAAUUAUGGCGGGGGGGGGUAGAUGGUUGUUAAGGAAGGUUGUAAAGCUAUUUUUCACUGGCCUGCUUUGGUCAAAUAAAACUUUUUUUUUCUAUUUUUGCUUGUUGGGCAGUUAUUUAGUUUGUAAGCAAUGAUAGCCAUCUAGUGGCCGAGAUGAGAAGUUGUUUCCCAUGUAUUUUUGGUAGUCUAACACAUUUGUUUUCCAUUUCAUGUAUACAUCUUUAUCUUCAUAAUAUUACAUUGACAUCAGAUCUUUCUCCUGAAAAUGCUUGAUUUCAGAUUCAGAAUUAAUCAAGAAAUACACGUUAUAUUUUCAUGAUCAAUUCUGAAUUCUUUGAGAUGCCAUAAUAACCACACUACCAGUUGCCAUUAGGUGUAUUCUAUUUAAAGGAUCAUUCUAUCCCUGAAGUGGCGUCCAUUCCUCUUCAGUAAAGGUCCAGUCACCACACCUUUGACAGUUUGGCCAGCCGUCCUUUAUUGAGUCCUCAUGUACAACAUGGCUGAUACCAAAUACAACACAAACAAUAAGCUUGGUUUUUCUGCAUGUCUCGAUAAUCAUCUGAGGUUUACAUAUAGCGACACUCAUUUUCAUUUUCUUCUAUAACGUAUAUCCGUCUUGACAGGUCAAACUUUCAAAAUUACUUACAUUAUACUUAUGUUACAAACUUAUUUCCAGUGACAAAAUGGCUUAGGCUAAAAUCAUAAAACCUCAAAUAACCUGCUGGUGGAAAAUUGCAGUGUUAAAUUGACCAUAUCCAAAUAGCUUCCUUGUAGUUUUGGAUGGAAAGUAAGAGAUAAAAGUCUUGAGUUAAGAGUGCUCUGGCACACAUUACAUGAAGCGUGCCUGUGAACAUCACAUAAUCACCUCUACAGUUCGGUAAGGAGGUGUUCAUUUUCAAAUUCAAAGGUAAAUCAAGAUGAUAGAAAAAUAAGGCAGUGAGACCAAUUUACAACUCCUUGAAAGGCUCUUGUAAAUGGCAUACAAAGCACAUUGAACGUGGUAUUGUGCUUUUGGGUCGAAACCAACUCCACACAAAUUUUGCAUUAACAAGGAAAAUAAGUGAACUAUUGAACAAUACACAUUGGUAUCAGUUGUGAACAAUCAGUCGCUCAUAUUGGAAUUUUGUAUAUAUGCUAUUUCCAAGGCAUAGGAGCAACUUGCAGAGAUUGGAUGUGCCAGAAUAACUAACAUAUUAUUCUCUUCACAUCUAAACCAACCACCUCUGCGCAUAUACGAUUCUAAAGUCCACUGGAAUGCACGCACCAUACAGAAAUAUAUGCAUGAUAAAGAUUUACCUUGAAAAAGGAUAUGUUUCUGCUUUGCCAAUGUCAUAUACUAGCUUGACAAUACAUGUGGUUUUCUGAUAGAAAAGACUUGUGGUACGUACCAUCAACCUUUUUUGAACAAACACCCUAGGUUCUUUCAACACAUCAAAUGUGACAAGAAAUGUGAAAACAACACACAACUACUGGAUUUUAAGCUUCUCUUUUUUCCCCCCAAGGGUGCUUUGAGGCCAGAGGUACUUUGGAGUCGUUAAAAGGAUAUUUUAAAAAAUAGUUUACACUAUGAAAGCUUUCUUUUCUCCCAACAAAUCCUAAACGUAUUAGUCACCCAAAAUUGCUAUACAUACGUUUUGAUAUUUUUUUUAAAGAGAAAUAAAAUGGCUUUUUCCACAAUGGCAGUUUGAGCCUAGCCCAUAACUUUAUAACUAUAAUAAAGCAGCUGUGAAACACGCAGAACCAAUAAACAGAUUUAGCAGAAUCUGUUGAAUCUAAUUUACCCUACAUAGUCAUUGAACUCUGAUUCUAGAAUGCUUUGAAAAGUUAACACUAAGAUACCUCUACCGGUAUAAAUGGUGGGCAGAGGAGUUUCAGGUGUUUUUGUUUCAGUCUUUGGAGCGCUUUUUAUAGUUUAUUUCUCCCCUUUCAUUUGGAUGUACCCUGGGACCUGGAGAAGUGUUCUGGCUCGAAAU